AGAUUUUUUGCAUUAUUUUCAAAUAUAUAAAUUUAUUUUUUAAAUUUUACACUGUCUCUCCCGGUGUGUGUACACACACACAUAUAUAUGCCUCUCAAAUCAUUCAUUCUAUUCUCUUAAAAGAUUACAAACCAAGUUAUCACAACAAAUACUUUACUCUCUCUAUAUAUAUAUUGAAAGUGGGAGCUAAGUCUCAAGAAUUACAAAGGGCAGUUUGGAACACACCAAUCAAUUAACCAAAGUGAGUAGUAAUUGGAGUCAAAAAGCUGAGUUUAGCAGCUAUCCAUCAUCUGUUGAAUGAAAAUGUGGGAUAAAGAAGAAGUAGAAGAAGCUGUUUUGGUGGGUGAGGAAAAUCAACAAACAGUUUGUGUGCUUGAUGCUUCCACCUUUGUGGGCUAUUGGAUCUCCAAGAAACUCCUCCUUAAAGGCUACACUGUUCAUGCUGCUGUCCAGAAAAAUGGAGAGAAAGAGAUAAUGAAGAAAAUCAAAGAACUGCAGAGAAGAGUGAAAGAGAGACUGGUGAUAUACAGUGUGGAUGUGUUGAGUUACAGAAGCAUUGUUGAAGCCCUUAGAGGAUGCUCUGGUCUUUUUCUUUCUCUGGAGAAUCCAGAUGGCUAUGAUGAAGUGGUUGGGGAUUUGGAGGUUAGAGGAAUAAUAAAUGUGAUGGAGGCAUGUGCACAAAGUGAGACAAUGCACAAAGUGGUGUUCACAUCAUCUUUGACAGCAGCCAUUUGGACUGACAACACCUCCUCCUCUCUCAAGGAUGUGGAUGAAUCCUCUUGGAGCAACACACUCUUCUGCACUCAAAACAAACUAUGGUAUGCCCUUGCAAAGACAAAGUGUGAGCAGGCAGCAUGGGCCCUAGCAAUGGACAGAAUGGUGGUGGACAUGGUGUCCAUCAACGCGGGCCUGGUUAUUGGGCCGAGCGUGGCCCAACUGAACCCGGUCCCCACGCUGUCGUAUCUCCAAGGCGCGGCGGAGAUGUACGAGAGCGGGCUUUUGGCAUUUGUUCAUGUUGGGUUUCUUGCGGACGUUCACGUCCAGGCCUUUGAGGACGCGUCCACUAGCGGGAGGUACUUCUGCUUCGAUAGGACCGUUACUUGCGAGGAAGAUGCCCUUAGACUUGCCCAAAUCUUGAGCCCCUUGAUACCCUUACCUGCUCCUGAAAGGUAAUUUACCUAAAUAGAAGUAAAACAUAAUGACUUUCUCAGUAUAGGACCAUAUGUUUUUAUCUUCUAAUGUAGGUAAUUGGUCAUUAUCUAUUAGUCAUUAUUCAAGCAAAUGUCAACCAUCAAUGGACAUUAUUCCUUCCACUAAACAUUAUUAAGUCCUAUUUAGGGAUUAAAAAAGUUUAAGUCCUACGUUGAGAAAUGACUUAUGUUUUAGUCAUAUUUAUUAGUGCAGAUUUCACUCAAACGGAUUUAAUCUUUUAAUGCGAUUUAAUUGAGUUGUCUUGUGGAAAUGGUCAAUUUUAAUGAAGAGUGAUUUGGUUUUAAUUGGAUGCAGGUACAAAUGCCAAAGUGGUGGUGGUGAGGUUUAUGGAGAGAGGUUAAGGACUAAGAAGUUGAGCAAGCUGGUUGAGGGAUUAACUGCUACUGCUGCCUGUUAAUUAGUUAUUUAAGUUUUAGGAUCCAUAAUUAUUAUGCACACUUUCAAUUAUUACUCCAUUUCUUCUUUACAUCAAUUAUGAGUACAAGUAAUCAAGCUUGUUAAAUGUAGUAAAUGAUAAAUCCCACUAUGUAAGAUGAUGGUAAUAAUUAUAGUAAUGAAGA